CUUCAUAUAAAAAAAUAAUUCUUGUAUUUUCCUAAAUGUGUUUUAUUUAUGUUUCAUUUGUACAUAUACAUUUUGUUAUUUCUUUAAAUCGUAUUAUUUAUUAAAAAAACAAAAAACAAACCUAUAUUUAAAAAUGCUCAGUGUUAUAUUAUUACAGGGAAUUCCUUGUGGUUCUUAUGUUGACCAACUAAGUGGCAAUGAUAAAUUACAGUGUGAAGAAGCUCUAGCCAAUAUAAUUGAUGCCGUAAUUGGCAGUAAUCGCCAAAAGGCUUAUGUGAUAUCUCAAGGAAUCGUGCCGAAAUUGGUGGAGAAAAUCGGCAAUUCGGAUGAGGAUAUUAAUAUUCGAUUGAAUGCUUUAAUUGUCAUUGGUUCUCUUGCUAAAGGAUCAGCAGAACAAGUUCAAAAACUAAUCGACGACUAUGAUAUUGUGCGAUUUUUAAUUGCCCAAGUUCUAAUCCCAAAUGUUGACCAAAGAAUCGUUGCGCAUUGUCUUUCAGCUCUGCGAUCAAUCUAUCAAUUUCCCUUUGCUCCAGUUGGACUCUUGUAUACAAAUACCAUGACAUUACCGCAUCUUAUGAGUCUAGCAUCUGUUGAUAGCUCUUUGCAAAUUCAAGCCAAUGUUACAAGUAUUCUUGUUCCAAUAUGCAACACAUAUAACGAACAGAUUCUAUUGUGUCAAGCUGGUGCAAUAAUAUUCUUAGCCCGCAUGAUAAGUUCCCAGCACGAUGUUCUUCAAGUUCCGGCAUUGAGGUGUUUGGCUUGUAUGUGCUUCACAAAUCGUUGUGUCUCUGAUAAUGUUUGUGUAACAAGCUUUGAAGGCAGAUCAAUGCCUGACAUCCUUUCGUCAUUACUGUCAAGAGCUCGUAAUCCAGAAAUUCAACUCACAGCCGCCAGAUGUCUAACGUAUAUACAUCGAUCGGGCACUCUUCCACCAACAGACAACAGAAUCGUCUACAAAACCCUUCCUUGUCUAGCUAGGCUAUGUACCGAUGAUUUCGAUCAAUACACAAGAGCAUCCGCAGCAGAAACAUUGGCUUAUUUAGCCGAGAUUGAUUCGCAAUUACAACGUCUCGCUGCGAUUUGUAAUCAUUUAAUAAAAUCGUUAUCAGAGCUCCUACAAAGUCAAUUAGCUUUGCUAAGGCAAGCGGCAUUUCGAUGUUUUGCUUCGCUCGGAGCUAACGAUGAAGAUAUUAGGAAGAAAAUAAUUGAGACAAAAGGUUUGAUGGAGAAAGUUCUUGAGGGUCUAUGUGAUUCAAAUCCUCAGGUGCGACUAGCUGCAGUCAGAUGUUUACAUUCACUCUCCCGAUCUGUACAACAGUUAAGAACAACUUUUCAAGAUCAUUCGGUGUGGAAACCACUAAUGGCACUCCUCUCCGGCCAGCCAUCAAAUGAAUUACUUACCGUUGUAACAUCGACAAUUUGCAAUCUUUUGCUUGAGUUCUCACCAGCAAAAGAACCCAUGCUCGAUUCAGGAGUUGUGGAAAUGUUGUGUCAACUUACAGAAAAUGCCGACCCUGCCUUGCGUUUGAAUGGAAGUUGGGCUUUAAUGAAUAUGGCCUUUCAGGCUGAGCAGCAUGUUAAAACAAAAAUUAUAAAUUGUCUUGGAGCAGAUAAAAUUCUAGAGCUUCUUAACGAUUCCGACACAAGAGUGAUAAUGAAAACUCUUGGAUUGUUAAGAAAUCUACUUAGCAAAUCUCUACACAUUGACGAUAUUAUGUCGGAAUAUUCGUCACAGGUAAUGCAGGCAGUUAAUAUGGUUUUGGAUUCGCAACAUCCCUCUGAAGUGAAAGAGCAGGCUCUAUGUAUAGUGGGUAAUAUUGCGGCUGGCGCCCAAGUUAAAGAUUAUAUUAUUGACGAUGAUAAAGUAUUGACACGUCUGGGAAGUUUUUUGAGCCACAAGGAUUUAAAACUUCAAGCAGGAACAUUAUUUGCUAUAGGAAAUUUUGUACGUCGAAAAGAUUCGAGAUCACGAGAAAGAUAUACGAAACUUAACGAACUAGGCAUUAUAUCCAAUUUAAAUGAAGUUUUUGAGAAAACAUCUGAAGGAACAGAAGCUUAUGAAGAAAUUCGGAGCAUACUUAAACGUUUACUAUUUUCCUAAAAUUUAAAAUCAUUUGAUUUUGUAUAUACAACAACAAACAAAAAAAUAUAAACAAAACAAAAAAAUAUUACGUUUUCGAAGUAAAAAAAAAGAGUAGUAGAGUAUAGAGAUGAUGUAAUAAUUUAGUGUAGAUAAUUUUGAAGAA